AUGGAGCUGCGGCCGCUGCCGAGGCUCUGGCGGCUCUGGCCGCUCUUGCUGCUCUGCGGCGGCGGCAGCGGCGACGGCGGGGCUGGCCCUGGCGCCACUUUCACCCCGAGCUGGCCGCGGAGCCGCGAGCAAGAGGCAGCCGCCUUCCGGGAAAGUCUUAAUAGACAUCGAUACUUGAAUUCUUUAUUUCCCAGUGACAAUUCCACUGCCUUCUAUGGAGUAAAUCAGUUUUCUUAUUUGUUUCCUGAAGAGUUCAAAGCCAUUUAUUUGAGAAGCAAAUCUUCCAGGUUUCCCAGAUACCCAGCAGAAGUACAAAUGUCCAUCUCCAACGUGUCUUUGCCACUAAGAUUUGACUGGAGGGACAAGCAUGUUGUAACUCAAGUGAGAAACCAGCAAAUGUGUGGAGGAUGCUGGGCCUUCAGCGUGGUGGGUGCAGUGGAAUCUGCAUGUGCAAUAAAAGGGAAGCCUUUGGAAGACCUCAGCGUACAGCAGGUCAUUGAUUGUUCAUAUAACAAUUAUGGCUGCAAUGGAGGGUCUACUCUCAGUGCUUUGAACUGGCUAAACAAGACUCAAGUAAAACUGGUGAAAGAUUCAGAAUACCCAUUUAAAGCCCAAAAUGGCCUGUGCCAUUACUUUUCUGAUUCACAGUCUGAAUUUUCAAUUAAAGGUUAUUCUGCGUAUGACUUCAGUAACCAAGAAGAUGAAAUGGCAAAAGCACUUCUUACCUUUGGCCCUUUGGUAGUGACAGUAGAUGCAGUGAGCUGGCAAGAUUAUCUGGGAGGCAUAAUACAGCAUCACUGCUCUAGUGGAGAAGCAAAUCAUGCUGUUCUCAUAACUGGGUUUGAUAAAACAGGAAUUAUUCCAUACUGGAUUGUGCGAAACUCAUGGGGACGUUUAUGGGGAGUAGAUGGCUAUGCCCACGUUAAACUGGGAAGUAAUAUUUGUGGUAUUGCAGAUUCCGUUUCUGCUGUCUUUGUGUGA